GGCACUGCGCACAAACAUUCCAUUGCAGCAACAGCCGCCCAACAAACAUUGCCUGCGACAUUGCCUAUUUCCUGCUUGGCGAAGGGAGACGGACCGGCAACCACUGCCGACUCGCACUGAUAGCCCAAUCAAUCAAUCUAAGGUGCAAAUAAGAUUACCGGUUGUAUAAAUCUACCCAAAAUGCCGACGAUUGAUCUAAAGCCGAGCGCCGAGUCUUGCUGGGAAUUGUGGCAAGCCGUGCGUGCCAAGCGGCCGCUGGUUCACUGCAUCACCAAUUUCGUUUCCAUGGACAUCAUGGCGAACGUCCUGCUGGCUGCGGGUUGCUCGCCUGCGAUGGCCCACUCCCUGGACGAGGUGGAGGCGUUUGUGGGCAUCAGCAGUGCGCUGCUUGUCAACAUGGGCACACUGUCACCCGAAUGGGUGGCGGCCAAGAAGCUGGCGGCGCGCAGGGCGGUGGAGCUGGGCAAGCCCUGGGUGCUGGACCCGGUGGGGUGCGGCGCCACGCCCGUGCGCACCGCCUCCUGCCUGCAGCUGCUGGACUGCAGGCCCACGGUGGUGCGCGGCAACGCCAGUGAGAUACUGGCGCUGGCGGGCGCGGCGGGCAGCGGAGUGCGGGGCGUGGACAGCACGGCGGCCAGCAGGGACGCACUGGAGGCGGCGAAGCAGCUGGCGGUGGCGCACAAGUGCAUUGUGGCGGUGUCAGGCGAGGUUGACUACGUGACGGACGGCACGGCGGUGGUGGGUGUGCGCAACGGACACGAGCUGCUGACGCUCAUCACCGCCGCCGGCUGCUCACUCACCGCACUCAUCGCCGCCUUCGUCACGGCGGCGCCGCAGCAGCCCCUGCUGGCCACCGCACACGCCCUUGCGGUGUUCGGGCUUGCUGCCGAGGAGGGCCUCAGGCUGGCUCCGCGGCCGGGCCCGGGCAGCCUGCGGGUGGCGCUGCUGGACAUGCUGCACCUCAUGGACCAGGCGACGGUCAAGGCGGGCGCCCGUAUCGAGGUCAUGGCCUGAGUGCGGCGGAUGGGCGGGACGCAGGGCCGCGCGGCGGCUGACUGCCUUGUGCUGCCGGGCUGGAGGGCUGCCGGCCUGUCGCGUGGCCCCGCGGCAGCAGCAGUGUCAGCAGUUGGGGCCAGUCCGGACGCGAAUCGUCUCAUAACUUUUGCAGCGGUCGAGUGCUGAGAUGUUCUACGCCCUGGCGGCUUGUCCUUGGGUUUGGAUGGGAGUUACUUACUACGUAUGACGGGGGCGCAUUGCGUGUCCCAGGUGCGGGGAUGUGCCACCCGUGCUGUUGAUCUGGUUGGGAGAACUGCGGGCAGGGGAGAGCCUAAGAGUGCCUGUCUGCCGCCGCUGGUUGCAGUGCUGGGCCGCAUGUCCAGCAUCGUGUGUGCUGCGAUGGGCGGACGGAACGGUUGAGCUUCGGCUCUAUUCAUAUGUGCAACUGUAGAAUGCGAGGACCAUGCGGUGUGUGACCGCUGCACGGCGCGUUCGGGGUGUCAUGCAGGGGGCCGAGCCCUGGUGUCCGAGCCCGGGCAGCUGCAGCCUGCAGCUGCAGCGCCAGCCAGACAGCAACUAGGCAGCGUCGCUGACAGCUGACUCGCUGUGAUACAUUGAG